AUGGCUCGUCCACGCCGAACGUCGAGCAACCUUGGGGGCGACCCCCGUGGAGACACCAGCGCGCCUGCGUGGGCGACGAUGACACCAAAGCAGCCGCUUCAGCCUUCUACCAGCGAGAAAGAACUAAGGCCUCACUCGAAGCGACGGAAAGCUCGCUCGGCAUUCCGCAAAUGGAAGAAUCUCUCCUACCGCCAUACCUGGCUGAACCCUCUGAUCUUGAUGGUGGGCAUUCUCGGGGCCUACUUUGCCAACCCUGGAGAACAAAAUCCAUUGCAUAAAGCCAUCUUCCUAUCAUACCCCUUGGGACCGGACUACCCAGGCGGACCAAACAUGUAUGGGAAGGGCUAUGCCGAUUGGGCCUUUGUAGGGUUCUAUACAAUCGUCUUGACAUUUACAAGGGAAUUUAUAAUGCAAAAGCUCCUGCGACCCCUGGCCGUCUACUGUGGAAUGAAAAAGAGAGGGAAGCAGUCGCGUUUCAUGGAGCAAGUCUACACAGCCAUGUACUUUGCGAUUUUUGGACCCUUUGGACUCUAUGUCAUGAAGCAGGGGCCGCUGUGGUAUUUCAAUACCACGGCCAUGUUUGAAGGGUUUCCUCACCGCAAGCACGAAGGAGUAUUCAAGGCGUACUAUCUACUGCAGGCUGCAUACUGGGCUCAACAAGCCAUUGUCCUGGUGCUGCAACAGGAGAAGCCUCGCAAAGACUUCAGAGAGUUGGUGCUGCACCACAUCGUAACAUUGUCCUUGAUUGGGUUGAGCUACCGCUUCCAUUUCGCGAAGAUGGGUAUUGCAGUCUACAUCACACACGACAUUAGUGAUUUCUUCCUUGCGACCUCCAAAACCCUCAAUUACCUCGACUCCAUCAUCGUGGGCCCAUAUUAUUUCCUAUUCAUGGUCAUCUGGAUCUACCUUCGACAUUAUAUCAAUCUUCGCAUUCUGUGGGCGACAUUAACCGAGUUCCGGACUGUCGGGCCAUAUGAAUUGAACUGGGAAACCCAGCAAUACAAGUGUUGGAUUAGUCAGGUCAUCACAUUCUCCCUGCUGGCUUGUCUCCAAGCCGUCAACCUGUUUUGGUUAUUCUUAAUCCUCCGGAUUGCGAAGAAUUUUGUGUUCAAUAGUGUGGUGGCGGAUGAACGCAGUGACGAUGAGGACGAAGAAGAUGAUGACGAACCAGUUGACAAGGAUGCCAAACCCAACGGAACUCAUCCUGUUGUUCUCGUCAAUGGUCUUCCUGUCGAAGGCGAUUCGAAAGCGGAAGGAGUUAGGAAGAGGAAGGGGUGA